AAAGUCACACCAAUACUUUUUCCAAACCAGUUUGCAGUAAAGUUUUUACAACUUGAUCAAAUCAUUUUUGUUAUAAUGAGGUUUCGGUCGCUGAAGAACAUCUGGCCAAAAGAGAAGUUGGAGCAAUUCCUAUUUUUGUUCAUAUUAUGUGGCUUGCCCGCCAUAUACUAUGUUCUAAUGGAGAUUAUGCUGCCGGAGUUGUCGGAUUGCUGGUCACCUGCCUACGUAUUUCAGCUGCUGCUGGGACUGUUUCUCUUUUCGAAUGUGAUGUCCAACUAUGUCAUGUGCAUCCUGGUGGACCCCAGCAUCGAUCCCAAGCUAAUGAAGACUCAGAUGGAGCGCGGACAGCACAGUGAGGACUGGCACGAGUGCGACAAGUGCGGGAUUCUUGCUCCACCCCGGUCACGUCACUGCAGGAAGUGUGGUGUCUGUGUCCUGAUGCGAGAUCAUCACUGCUUCUUUACGGGCUGCUGCAUUGGUCAUGAGAACUAUAGAUACUUUUUCUAUUUUCUUAUCUACUUUUUUCUAAGCUGCAUGAUUUCACUAACGUCAUCCUCGAUAUUUAUUUAUGUGCUGCAUGGGGGCAGAUACCAGCUCUUUAUGCUGCCUCAUCCCGCACCGAACUCUGCCUAUUCUAACUCGCUUAUUAUGAGGAUAAUCUACUUUAAGUUGCCCGAUAUAUACGAGCUGGUGUUCUUUGUGGUAUUCGUCCUGCUGUGGAUUGGGGUAUGCGUAGCUACUUAUGUGGUUUAUGAUCAGUGGUCUCGUGGCUGUUUUUGCUAUGAUUUUGAACAUCACAACUUUCCUUUUGACCGAAAACUGCGCCGGAACUUCAAGACCUUCUUGGGCAGGCGAAUGAGGUGGACCUGGAUCUCCGGAUUCGUUCCCAGCCAGCUGGACCACGACGGAUUUGAUUUGGAUACAGAAAACGAACGUGUGGCAGAUCCGUGCUCAGAAACAACCAUCAAGGAUGGCUAAAUUAUUGUAUACAUUCUCUGUGUUUUCCAAAUUGCCGGUGCGAUGAAAAAUUUAAAAUUCGAAUUCAUUCGAGUAUAGUUUAGGCAUGCAAGAAAAUUGUCCAAAUUAAAAAGCAAAUACUUUAGAUUUCUUUAUGCAA